CGCUAAAGCGAGGCGGACUAGCAUAGGCCGUUUUAUCUAAAAAGAAUGCAAAGCGUAUAUCCAAUCAAAGACUCCUCAGAUGCACACGUGACUCAACAGGGAAGUCUAUGAUGUAGAGUGGACGCUCCUCUGUUUUAUUAAAAUUAUUGCUGAAUCGGAAUGCCCGACUCUCUCCACACACUGCAAAGGGUCCAAAGAGAAAAAGACGCUGCACAGCACACCUACAUCUACAACUGAACAAUAAGUCGCGUGCCCCACCAGAUGGUUUAAAAAAAACAAGCCAACCACUUCAACUAUGGAGGACCUGCAAGACUUUGGUUCCUCUAGUGCAAGUGCUAAGACCAUUGCUGCUGAGCUCAAGGAUGAUUUUUACUCCAAGCUUGUUGAUGACUACCUUGGUGCUCAUUACGGAGAACUGCUGGAGCUGGAUGAAAAGCCCUGGAAGAUUCGCAUGUUGGUUCAGAUUGGGCUGAUGAGAGAGGAGCAAGAUGUUUCAUGGGUUGAUUUAAUACAGUGGCUCCAAAAGAUUGUCCCAAUGUUUCAGUCUGCUGAUUUCCGAAGCUUGAUUGAGAGAAACACCACGACAGCUUUGAGCUUAACCGGAGAUGCCAGGGAGAACUUUCUUGAGUCGGAUGUUAACUUUGAAUUUGUUGGACCUAUAUGUGAUAGUAUCGGAAUCGGAAGAAGAGAUUUACUUGAAAUGUCAGACUUUUCUGGUCGUGCAAAAUUAACUGCUCUCACAAACGGUUUAAUUCUCGAAUUGACUAAUUUUAUUUCACGAGAGAAAUUAGACCCGGUCGUCCUGGUGUCCUGGAUUCGUAACUUUGAGCCUUUAUUUUGUAGUGAUGGCAAGAUUCAAAGAGCCUACAGGUUCUUACGGUCAAGUCUCAAGAAUUUCAGAAUACAGUACCGCAACAAUCAAAGGAGCCGAAAGAGGAGCCGUGGAUUGCUGGAUGAAUUUCUUCAGAGUCCGUUUGAUCUUGCUCCUGAAGCUGAUGUUGAUGAUAUUGAAUACAGGAGGGUGGCAAUGGUCAAAGCACAUCUGAAGAAGAAACGCCGCAUUUCCAGGCAUAAGCCUACCUCUGUGUUUAAGGAGGAAGACGAGCCCUUCGGUAUUUCGCAGACAGAUGUGACUGAGAAAACUCAUCGGGAACCCAAGCAGAUUCCCCAUGCGGUCAGUGUAAAAAGGGAACAGGUAUCACAAAGCCAUCAAACACAGACACAGCCACUGGAAGAUGCGGAACGAGACGCAAAAACUGACACGGGUGACAAUGUAACUCUUCUUGAUAUUUCUGUGCUGUCCUGGCAAAAGAUUGCAGACAUUUAUGGAGGAAAGAAUGACGCUGCCAAGGUGGUUUCAAUGGAUCUGCUUCAAAAUCACUUCUCGGCCAUGUUAAAGGAAGACGCUAACCUUAGAACCCUGGAUGACAAAGUCAAAGGAAGCACCCAUCCACUAGUGCCACCUUUGAAUUUCCUGCGUUACAUCUGCCAGUUCCUUUUCGAACUUAUUGAUGUAAUUGAACAGCAAAUGAUGACUUUUGAAAAAGAUAUCAUGAACACCACAGGAGAGAAACUUGGACGUGACAAACACCCCAGAUUUCAGAGCUUUCUGAACUUCGAUGAGAGCGCUGUGACCCGUUACAUUCACAUGGCUUCCGAAAUGCUGUGUCCAAGCGAGGAGACCAACCCAAAUUACCGCAGGCACUGGCUUGCUUUUUGCCUUGAAAGAAAAAACCCUUCCCGGCUGCCUGUUUAUAGGUCAAAUCGUAUCAUUAACUACUUUGAAGCAGCUGCUGGACUCAUUCACCAUCAUGAAGAUGUUGCUCUGUUUGUUACUGACCUGCAGCUUCUGAACGACAACUCGAAUAUCCUGUUGGAAAGUGUCAAUGCUGACGCAAACGACGAAGCCUUGCAGGCACUGGUCUGUGUGGUUGCUGUUGUCUACCUUAAAGUCUUGGGACCCUUUUGGCAGCUUCUGAAGAGCGAUGGAGAAUAUCCUCUUUUUAGUAGGUACAUCCUUUGCUUGUACGAAAAGCUCUUGGAAUGGUCGCAAGAUGCAAGUUGCCUUUUGCAACCAGAAGCCUUUUUGAAUGUCUUCUUACAAGUUCCAAUGCAAGAGGGGACUUUCAAAGGAGUGUUCAGAUUUUGCCAUGAUAAUGCGGAGAACCAGUUUGGUACUCUGAUAAAAGCUUGUUUACAGAGGAUGAUGAAAGCCCUCGCAGCUGUACUAGAGGACAGUCUUAAAGAUUUCCUACCUGGUGGCGAACACUGCAAAGAUCUGCCUUCGGAUAUAGCCAUUCAAAUGGCAAACUGCACCUUUUCACAGCUGAUGGGUGAGUACCCCUUCGGUCAUGCGUACCCUUAUGAAAAGAACAGGCCUGAUAAAACUCUUGGUCGGACAGAGGGUUCCAUUGCCAAACAUGCAGAAAAAGAACCUGCAUCCCAAGAAGCAACAGAUGAACCUACAUCAUCAGUUGUCAUGUUAUCCCCUUCCAAAACCAGUCAAAAACGCUACUCCAUUCUUGAUGGAGCAAAUCUGAAUGCUGCCAAAAAAAUUAAGGUGUCUAGAUUAAAGCAAAAAGCUCAGGAUCACAUUUACAGGAAAAUGAUUGUCGGAGCUGUUUCAAAAUUUGGUGGCCCAUGUAAAAGCAAGCAAGAUGUUGAACGAUUGCUCACAAAACUUGAAGGUUCGAGCCAUGCGCAUAUACGCGAGGUCAUUCGCUGUGAGCUGAACUACCAAAAGAGCAUCUUGGGCUCCAGAGACAAAAAGCUAAACCACAUUGGGUUCUCUUUGACUGACAUGGUUACUACACUGAAGGACGUCUUGCCAAAUGAGAGAAUUAUAGUCGCAUCACCAUCUGAAAAUGUGUUUGAAGAGACCUGCACUGAAACAUCAUCCCCAGACCCUCAAAGCACAGCCACUGGUCAGCAAACUCCACAAAGGAGUAUUGAUAUAAAGAAUAAAAAGGUUUUUGGCCCUUGUUACAGGAACAACUUUGAGUUUCUCUGAUUUUGCUUUAACCUGAUGAAAAUGUUGAAUACAUCCAACUUGCAUUAGUUUAUUGUUGUUGUUUUUUUUUUUCAUAUAUGGUAAAGAUCUUUGUUAUUUUGUUACUAACAAGCUUGUUAGACUACUACACUUUUAUUAGUAUUAAAAUAGUUAAUUAGUUAAUUUUUUUUUAUAUUUUUGUUUUUUACAUAAGUUGUAUUACACAAUAAAAAAGUUUGUAGCAACCUACUUGUCCUGACAUUUAUUAAAUAACAAUGUUACUACUACUAUCAUCAAUAAUGUCCUGCAACAUCUCACAUUUUUCUCUGUUGCUUGCCGAGUACUAUUCAUUUAGGCAGAGCUAUUUUAAAAUAUAAAAACUGGAAAUUAAAUCAGAAAGCAUUUAUUUAUUUAUAUAUAUAUAUACAUACAUACAUACAUACAUAGAUACAUACAUACAUACACACAUAUACAUAUAUAUAUAUAUAUAUAUAUACACACACAUACAUACAUAUAUUUUAAACAGCAAUUACACUUGGUAUAUAUUGUAUAUUCCAUAUAUCUGUUUGCUGUAUAUAAGUGAACACUGAUAAUUUAAUACGAGGAAGCAACUUACUUUGACUAUUCUAUUCUUUCAAUACAGCCACAAGAUAUACAGUU